UUUCAUUCUCUCGAGUGUUUCUUGUAUAUUCUGCUAAAACAAAGAUCAUUGCACAUUAUCGAUUCCUUAGUCUUUUUAAUCCUUUAUUUUCCAUAUUCACAUUUCGAUCAAGAAAGUCGUAGCCAUCAAAUAUGGAUGCCAAGAUCAGCAAAGCAGCCGCUGGAGGAUCUAAGAAGAAGUGGUCAAACACUCGCAGAAGACUUGGAAGAUUUCUCAAAGAACAGAGAGGAAGGCUUUACAUAGUGAGAAGAUGCGUUGUCAUGCUUCUAUGCUGGCAUGAGUGAAGUUCCUGAAGAUUGAAGAAGGGAUCUCAUGGUCUCUUUCACUGACAAACAUUCUUCAUCCAAAAUUGACUGUAAAUACUUACUGGCAAAUAGACUCCAUCUUCUAGAGUUGUACGUUAAGCUAAUCUAGCCUUUAGGCAUUAGUAUAGAUGCUACCUUACUUUAGCUUGUCGUAUCUUGCAUGGAGAACAGGGAGAGUUUUCAAGACUCUUACUCUUAACCGAUUGACAUUAAGAUUAUGUCAAGCAGAGAUGCGAGAAAGCACCAAUUGCAGUCUUCUUUUCUUAUCCUUUUCCUGGCUCCAUGCAACUUGCAAGCAGAUUAAGCUGUACAGAGAAAUGUAUUAAUUAGUACACCUAGUCUUGAAGUC